CAAAACCACAAAAUGUCUAGGCUGCAAUAUGAAAAGUGUCAUUUUUUUUAUAUUCAUGUGUUGUAUUUUUUUUUUUUGUUUUCACUAUACACAUAUUAGGUUCCAAAAAAAGUUAUAUUUAGAUGAUGUAUGCAGCAUGGGACAACUUUUAGCAUAUAGUUGGAAUAAUGAAAACGUAAAAAUUGUCAUGGUAACUGGAAAAAGAGAAGAUUUAAAGUCAGGAAGGAAAACUAAAACGUUGACUUCAACUGGAACGAUAAAAAAAAAAGGCUUACAAACAUGAGAGAAAAAAAAACUGAUCAAUCAAAUCUUACAG